AUGUUUGAAGUUCCUAAUGAAGAUGUGUUAUUUCUCAAAGAUUAUUACAAUAGACUAAACCCGGAUGGAGGCCCAGAACCAGGAUCGCGAUGGACGCUUGUGUUCAACGGUGCUUUAAAUGCUUUGGGAAAUGGUGUUGGAGUUGUCACUACUUCUCCCAUGGGUUUUCAUAUUCCUUUCACCGCCAAAAUCUAUUUUUAUUGGACCAAUAACAUGGAUGAAUAUGAAGCUUGCAUCUACGGGAUUGAAGCAGCUAUUGGUUUGAGAAUCAAAUUUCUGGAGGUAUACGGAGACUCAACUCUGGUUAUCAGCCAAACCAAAGGAGAGUGGGAGAUGAGGCACCCAAAUCUGAUUCUGUACCGGGAACAUGUAAUGAAGUUGAUUCCAUAUUUUAAGGAGAUCACAUUUGACCAUAUCCCGAGAGAAGAGAACCACUUAUCAGAUGCAUUGGCUACUCUGGCAUCCAUGUUUAAGGUUAAAUGGGCGAAUGAAGCCCCCUCCAUCAAAAUUAUGAGGUUGGAUGAGCCAACAUUUUUCUAUACUGAUGAUGAAGUGCAAGAUGGUAAGCCUUGGUUUUAUGAUAUCAAAAGAUACCUUGAAAAACAAGAGUACCUGGAGGAUGCAUCUAACACAAAUAAGAAAACACUGAAGAAGUUGUCUGCCAUGUUUUUCUUGAAUGGUGAUGUGCUGUAUAAGAGGAAUCAUGAUUCUGUUCUGCUCAGAUGCAUGGAUAGACACGAAGCAUAA